CACGUGCGCACAUGCGUGGUACGCACCAGAUGACGUCACGCCGGCACACGAGGUUGUGUCGUGAGUUCUCCUGUAGCCUCACAGAAGGCAACGUUUCUACUUAAAUUCCGCGGUUUUACGCCCAACAUGGACCCAGCGAACGGACAGUACCAAGAGCCCGAUUCUUGGGAGCAAGUAGCGGACUCAGGACCGGCAAACACCGAGGCACCGCUACAAAUUCAGAAGCCUUUUUCCAGCUUGAACAUCAAUGCCCCGGAUUUCGUACCAUCUUGGUUGACAAAGACCUCCCCAUCCCAGGAACAGCAGCCAGAUGCAGCGUCCCCGACAGCAGGGUCAACAGACAACGCCAUGGACGCGGAGACUGCAGCAGGAGGAGACACACAAGAACCCAUGGACGACCCAGAACCACCCCCAGCAGAGCCUAAGCCUGGGACUCUGGAUGACAUGGCGGCAGCCAAUGGGGAGUUAGGAGAAGAAGAAGAGGAAGGGGAGCCCAUGGAGGAAGAGGAGGAGGAGGAUGAAGAGGAAGAAGCUGCCAAGGCAACUGCAGCCGUCAAGAAGAAGACCCAAGAACCGACCGAACCCUCCGCACCACUCAAGGAACACAUCAAUGUCAUCUUCAUCGGCCAUGUUGAUGCUGGAAAGUCGACAAUUGGUGGCCAGAUCAUGUAUCUGACUGGUAUGGUGGACAAAAGGACGCUGGAGAAAUACGAGAGAGAAGCAAAAGAGAAGAACAGAGAAACUUGGUACCUGUCAUGGGCGCUGGACACCAACCUGGAAGAAAGGGAGAAAGGCAAGACAGUGGAAGUAGGGAGAGCGUACUUCGAGACAGAGAGAAGGCACUUCACCAUCCUCGACGCUCCUGGACACAAAAGCUUCGUGCCCAACAUGAUCUGUGGAGCCUCACAAGCUGACAUAGCUAUUCUGGUGAUUUCUGCUCGGAGAGGGGAGUUUGAGACGGGAUUUGAGAGAGGCGGACAGACGAGAGAGCAUGCCAUGCUGGUGAAGACGGCAGGAGUCAAGCACAUAGUUGUAGUUAUCAACAAAAUGGACGAUCCCACGGUCGAAUGGAGUCAAGCAAGGUAUGAAGAAUGCAAGGAGAAACUUAUCCCAUUCCUGAAGAAAGUUGGCUUCAACCCCAAGAAGGAUCUCUACUUUAUUCCCGUAUCGGGAUACACUGGUGCCAACCUGAAAAUACCAGACAGAGAGAUCUGUCCCUGGUACAGUGGUCCACCCCUUAUCCAGUACCUAGAUGAAUUGCAAAGCAUUGACAGAAGGGUGGACGGCCCCAUCCGAGUGCCUAUCACAGACAGAUACAAGGACAUGGGCACGGUGGCACUGGGCAAACUGGAGUCAGGAACUCUGGCCAGAGGCAUGCAGCUAGUACUCAUGCCAAACAAGACAAGCGUAGAAAUCCUGGCCCUCCAGUCAGAUGAGAAUGAAGUGGAAAGUGCCAUUCCCGGGGAGAACCUGAAGCUGAGGCUCAAGGGUAUCGAGGAAGAGGACAUCAUCCCAGGUUUCGUGUUGUGUUCACCAGAGAAUGUGUGCAACACGGGGAGGAUUUUUGAUGCUCAGGUGGUGAUCCUGGAACACAAGUCCAUCAUCUGUGCCGGCUACAGCUGUGUUAUGCACUGUCAUGCCUGCGUGGAGGAGGUGCAGUUCAAGCUAUUGCUAGCGUUGGUGGACAGGAAGACUGGCAAGGUGGACAAGACAAAGCCAAGGCCACGGUUUAUCAAGCAGGACAACAUUGUGAUUGCCCGGUUGGAGACCACGGGAGUCAUCUGCAUCGAAACCUUCAAGGACUUCCCCCAAAUGGGCCGCUUCACUCUACGAGAUGAAGGUAAAACCAUUGCUGUUGGCAAGGUGCUGAAGCUGUUGGAAUAAGAGGUGACCCCAGACAACCCAGAGCUUGAGACAUCCGGUCAAGCAAGAGGACUCUCAAUCCUUCCACUCUUCAUUGGGCCGGGGCUUCAAGCCACUCCGAGAUUUUAAUAGGCUCGGGGCCUGGCCUUCGUUUAAGUUUCACGUCACAAAAUCAUCUCUUGAAUAUAGGCUAAUGUAAGGAAGGAUGGUUCUGAAAUUCUUCCACGUUAAAGAUAGUGAUCAGCACAGAACCGCCCAGUAAAAUAGUGAGUGUAAAAGCAGCGCGCCAUAAUGUUGUAUAGCUUGGACAGAAGGGGAGUGUUAAACAAGCCUUUAUAGUGGAAAGAUAGAGAGAAUUCUAUAUGGUGGCUUUUCAACUUUGGCUGUAACUUGGUGGAUGUGUUGACUGCCUCCUAGUAGCUUCUUACACACCCAGGUAUAGCUUGUGUACAGGUCCUCUGUACAUACUUAGAAGACAUUCAUAAUUUUUUUUUCAAUGAAAGCUAUUACCUCGUAGCAAAAGGGCAGAUAUGCUGUCCUUAGUUACCUACAACAGAAGUGAUUUGAUAAGGAAAAUCUUGGAGCAGUCAGCAGUUCCCCUUGUUACCAAAGUUGAAUAGCAUGCCGACUAAAGAAAAAAAAACAAAGUUACCUUCAGUGUUUUCCUGUAACUUGCAGUUCCCUUGCUUUCUCCACCGACGGCAAAAUGACAAACAUUACAAGUCCUGCGGUCACACAAAGCAGGGAGCUGUUGAGAUGCACAAUAAACAAUGCACUGACCACUUCUGUUACCUCCUCUUAUUAACAAUGCAAUGUGUGGGAGAUGGAUGUUGUGAUUCAUGCUGAACUUCAGCAGCAAAACAAAGACGAUGUUCAGUUUGAUUUACUGUACAUCUACUGGGAAGUGUCUUGGGAAGCAUAGUAUUGACUGUAUAGUUUGGCAUGGCCUAUAUAUCUUAGCCUUCUCAAGUACCACACAUUAAGAAGCAUACACUGACGGAAGGAGUGAUGAAAAUUAACUUAUUUUUAUCCUUUGCAGACAUAUAACAGAUAAAGCUGGAAGAAAAUUUUCAUGAACAAGGCAGUUGUGAAGGGCAAUGUUGUUAGAUCACAUCAUGUGUCUUUUACUCUGCCAUUUUUGUUUUCUUCUCAUUACUUGUGAUUGGAAAGGUGACAUUGAAGCAUAUUUGUGUUUGUUACGAAACAAUAACAUUUGUAAUACUACAGCAAGAGUGAUUUGAGAAAUGCAAGUCCUUGGGAAACACUGAAACCGUUGACGUUGCUGCAUGUAGGUAUAUAUUGGCUAGGGGGGUAGAGUUUGUAUGUGGGUGAAUUUGAAUUUCAACUGAUAUUUCCUAAUCAGAUGUGGAAAUCUGAGUGCUCACGUGUACCAGGCCUGGUGUUGGUAGUGGGGAGACUCUGCAUUCUAGGCCUGACCGAAGCCUGGUAAAUGAAGGUAUACAAAAUGUAUGUGCUACAACAAUCGUUUGUGACAAAUUUCUAUAUAAGUUGGGGUUGGGCUGGGAGGGAGGGGGGGAUGAUAGAAAGGAUUUGUGCAAAUAUUUUGAUAAAUGUAGAAAACAGCAUAUAUUGCCACAUCCUUAGGUUUCCUUGGUUCUUUGUAGGUUUUCUUAGAAAUCAAACAUGAAGCAUGGUGACAUGAAAGUAUUCCAAUGCUGCAUAUUGGAGUACUACAAUAAUACAAGCAGGAUCUAUUUUCAUGUAAUCAGUCUGCUUUAUCUUGAUUCCGAGAAAAGCGAAGAACCAGGGAAAUGAAAUGAUAGUGGCCUUUUGUUAGUGUGAGGAUGUGCAGUGUGAAUGAAAGCAUGGUAUUGGGCCCAUGACUGUGUACCUGACAACACCAUGUAGUUUAUCUAUUGUAAUAGUACACCUUUAUUUACUUUUCAUUACCAAGAGAAGCUCUGUUGGAAAACAUUACAGUCUUCAGAUUGUUGCUGCCUUCUCUUGAGGGACAUCUCCAAGUACAGUGUGUUAGUGUGUGUGUGUGUAUUGCCUUUAAAGCUUUAUACAAAGGUCCUAACAAACAAGUUGAAAAGCACUGAAUUUUUACAUGGCAGGAUGUUAUGUAUCCUUGACAAUGGAAGGGUGAAAGCUGUUGGCAAAAUGAUACUGCCUGGUAACACCGAGAAAUGGAUAGACCUUUUCUUUUCAUGAGGAAAUUUCUGGCACCAUGUUCCUUUUUCAGCACUUACAAAAUGGUGCUGGUUUUGCUUGAAUUCCUUAUGUACGGUAGCAAUACAACAGUAGUACAGGACUAUGAGGGGCUUGCGAUAUUUCUGGAAUUAUGUGGAUGCUACAGCAAGACUUGUUCAGCCUGUGUACGAAUAUAGAACUCACUCCUAGUACUAUGCAUUUAUGAUUUAUCAUGUUACACCUGUUCUAAGUAAAAGUAAUCAAGCUUUAUUCAGAAUGAUGAUGAUUGGUAUGUAAUUAAAUCAAUCUGCCAGCAUAUGUUAUGUAUUUCCUUUGAUAAUUAUAGCAUUCACGCCUGUCCUAAACAAUUGUCAACACACUUUUCAAGUCUGGUGGAUGUACAUGAUGUACACUGUAUGUGUUCUGUUGUAUUUUCCUUCAAAUGGCUUUUGCAGAAAAUGCUGCUAGGCUAAACAUGUCAGACAAUGCCAGACGUUUUUUGAAAGAAGGAAAGACCCUUUCAUUAGAAUACUAGUAUCCACGUCAAAAAUGAUUGCCAUUCUUGGUAAAAUCUCACUGUUUUAAGGGAGAUUCAUUCAAAAACCACUAGUUUAUCACACCCCUAUAUUACAUGUGGAUUCCAUGCAACUUGUGUUGCUCGAACUCCUGAGCCACGGCAUUAUAUUUAUGUGUGUUUGAUCACCAUGAUGAUGAUUCUUUAGUUUAUGUUCUGAUGAUUUUGGUAGUUCAUUCAUGAAGAUAGUUCCUUGAGUGCACUUAGAUACAAGGAAGGCUUUGGAGGAAAAGUAGACAGUUGCUAGACUAGCUGAUGAAGAUGUCAUCUGUAACUUCCCAACAAACUGCCUAGUACUGUGACAUGCGCACCGGUAAGAAUAUGGCAGUUGAUAUACAUAUUUUUAUUUUUCAUGCCCUCCGAAACAGGCUACACUGAAGUGAAGGACCAUGAAAGGCAGAAGAUUCCGUCACUUGCAAUAACUAUCACGAUAUAUCCUGUGUUAAAGUCAUGAAGAAUGUCUGCAUUUAUGAAAUGUUGAGAUCCAUGAUUAUCUACUGGUAUGAAUGAGACCUUAUGUUUGCUUGAUAUUUACUGCUGUUGCCUGAUGCUUGUAAGUCGCUUAUGACCUACAGGGCAUGGAAGUGAGCAAUGAGAAUCACUGUUUUUUUUUUUUAGUAAUAAAAAUGUUUUAAUGCA